AUGGCCGUGAACAUGGUGGUGGUGCCUGGGGUCACAGACGCGGCAUCUUCUCUGGUCGUGGUGCUCCAGGGCCAUAUGGUGGUCGUCAAGGUUCCUCAAGCACUCCUGAUUCUGAUGAAGGCCUUCUCUGUUAGCUUUGCUCAGAGGGCCUACUUCGAUGAUUUGGCUAUUGAUUGGCUCCUGAACCAUUUCCGGGAUGAUUUUGCUUUAAAAGAUCUUGGCCCUUUGCAUUAUUUCUUGGGCAUUGAGGUGACGGCUAGUUCUGGUGAGCUCUUGUUGACACAGUCCAAGUAUGCUAAAGAUUUGAUUUUUGAGGCUGGUCUAAAGGAUUGUAAGCCGAUGCAUACUCCUAUGGCAGUUUCCGAGAAACUUCAGGUUGAUGUUGGUGAUCCUCUGGAUCUUGAGACUGCUACUCGCUAUAGAAACAUUGUUGGUGGCUUACAAUACCUUACCUUAACACGGCCAGAUAUCGCUUUUGCAUUUAAUAAGGUUUGCCAGUAUUUCCAUUGUCUAACUUUAGUUCAUUACUUUGCAGUCAAGCAUAUUCUUCGGUAUAUUAGUGGGACUAUCAGCUAUGUUUUGAAGUUUGUUCAGUCCUCCAAUGUCAUUAGUGCCUUCUCGGAUGCUGAUUGGGCUGGUUGCUCUGAUGAUCGCAAAUCUACAGGAGGUUUUGGAGUGUUCUUUGGUGCUAAUCUUAUAUCUUGGCAAGCGAAGAAGCAGGCUAUUGUCUCUAGGUCCAGUACUGAUGUUGAGUACAAAGCUUUACUCAAUGCUACGACAGAAAUUAUGUGGGUUCAAUCUCUUCUAGAUGAAUUAGGAAUAUCACAACACAAGGUGCAUAUUCUUUGGUGUGACAACAUUGGUGCAACCUAUUUAUCUACUAAUCCGGUCUUUCAUGCUCGAACUAAGCAUAUCGAAGUAGAUUACCAUUUUGUGAGGGAACGAGUUGCUAAAAAGCAAUUAGAUGUUCGUAUUAUUUCUUCCCAUGAUCAGGUUGCUGACGGCUUUACAAAGUCCAUACCAGUACACCAUCUUGUUGAGUUUCAUCGCAAUCUCAACGUUUCAAGUGACUAA